AUGUGGAAAACCCAGCAUCCGCCUAUGAAAUUCAUAGAUGAGCCCGAGCCAAAGGAGUUCGAGCCUGGUCGUCCGCCAACGAAGUACAUGGAUCGUCUACCAGAAAGCUGUCUGUGGCAGAUCAUCAAUACCAUUGCCGACGCGGAGCCAUUGUCUCCAGUCGAGCCAACGAGCAUGCACACCCUCAUGCAGCUUUCACUUGUCGACAAACGUACACGCUAUUUGUGCCUUCCAUUCCUCUUCACAUUUACGCAGCUGGAGCUGGACCAACCACGCAACGGCUUGCAUAGGCAUGUCAAGGCUCUGGCCAAAGCACCACUCCUGGUCAAAUCCAACAUAACCGACCUGACACUCGAUUUGUUCCCAGAUCGGAUUACAUACUACGGUUCUGGUCCGCGGAGCAUUGCCAAAGACAUUGUGGCUUGCCUUGCAGCCCUGCCGAAUCUCACCGACCUUCACGUUGGUUUGGCAAACGACUCCGGGCUGGCAAUCGAGUUGCGACGAGCCUUGCAGAGACCGCCAGUGCAGCUCCCAGGCGUCAAGAAACUCAGGAUAUCAGGAGUGCACAAUCCCGGUUGCCUUAUACGAGCUUGUCCCUCCGUGAGACAUCUUUCCAUCACAAGCGAGCUAGAUGAGGACUGGAAGUCAGCUCUCGGGGAGAUAAGACAUAUGCUCGAUUUGAUCUGCGUGGAGCUGAUGAACCUCCGCGGAUGGAAAGUCGCACAGCUCAUAGACUUGUACCCCUUCAUGUCCUUUGUUCCUAAUUUGGCGGUGAAAGGACGACUGGAUUGUGACCUUGGACUGUUCUUCAUGAUGUUCGCCCGCCUCGAGACGCUGGCCAUCACAGACACACAGCGAAUGUUCGGGUCCUAUCUCGCCCUGUUCAAAGAGGAUUGCGACAACUGGCACGAUGUAAUCGCAAUGGCACAAGACAGCCACCCUGGCACGGAAGACCCUAAAGUUGUUGCAUUACGAUAUUUAAACCCCCCUUACGGUGCAUUGAAGUCUGUAUGCUUCCUGUCAUACCCUCUCAGUUGUAACGAAAAGGAGUGGACAUUUCACAUCGACGGGGACAACGUCACCCUCAAUGAGGAAAGAUGGACUUUGACCGAGGAUGGGCAUGGGGGUGUUCGGGUGCGAAAGAGGUAA